AUGAGAAUGAGCAAACGCAUAUUAAAGUAUUCUGUCAUAUUUAAUGGAAUAUGUAAAAUACGAUACAAUAAUACAGUUAAAUAUACAGUAUUUCCCCUGGCAUUAGUUGAAGCAGCACUAGUUGUUUCAUUUUCGACGUUCAAUUCUCUUUGGGCAUUUUUUACUAUAAUAUUGAGGAAGUUUUUAUUAAUUUUUAUUUCUUCUAUUAUAGUUGUAAUAAUAAAAAAUAUCUAUUUCCAUAUUGAUUAUAUUGUAUUUUCAAAAUUUUUAAUUCUAGAUAUUCUAUCCAAAUUAUUUUCUUUUAAAACAUUGAUUAUUCACUUAUCAUUUUCUAUUUCCAUUUUAAGUUAUAUUAUUUCAUUGAAUUCAAUAAUCACUUCAGAGAAAGCGUAUCAACUAAUAAUUUUGACACCAAUAAUCUACACAUUACAGCAUAUAAUUUUUGAUUUAGAUAGACCACCAUAUGGUUACACUUCAACAUUUAUUCAAAAUAACAAUAAUGGCUUUUAUUUUUUAAACAAUAGGAUAAUUAUUAAAUCGAUUCUAUUAUCUGCUUGCAAUUUCAUAUUAUCUAUAUUAUUUUGGUUAGAUUUUAAUUCUUUAAAUUUCAUAAUACCACUAUUAAUCUUCCUUCAUUUUGAAAUAAUUAUGCUAUCCUUUAAUAAUAAAAUUAUGAUGGGACCAAUUUAUAAGAACCAUUUAUUAUCAACCUAUUCGUCAUACCCUAUAAAAACUUUACUUGAUGGGUUAAAAUACAGGCCUAAUAGUAAUCAAGCAUUUGUAAGGGUAACAGCUUUCCAAGAGCUUUCAUUACGUGCUAUAUCCCUGGAUCCUAAUGAUCGUAAAGAGAUUUAUUACAUCAAAUACUUUAAUCCAAUAUUUAAGUUGUGUUUGGAUGUUAUUGAAAAUACAUACGAAGAAAUUAACGAGUAUUUGAUCACUUUAGAGCCAGAUGCAUAUAAGCUCGAUCGAAAUAGAAAUAAAAAAUUUACUCCAAAAUAUCGAUAUACUAAAUAUGGAUAUUCUAAUAUUGAAACUUCAAAUUCUACUUCAAUAAUUCAUAGUUUUGGGCAAAAAUUAAUGAAAUCUUUCAACAUUUUUUCCUUUAAUAAUGAAAAAAUUAAUAAAAAUAAAUUAGCAGAAAAAUUAGUUCCAAUACCUAUGUUAUUUACGUCAAGUAUGCUAUCAAUAACAAGUCUUUUAAUUGUUGGUAUUAAUUCAAAAGAUUCCUUAAUAUCAGAAUUAGUAAAAUUAUCAUUAAAUGAAUCAUUAAUUAAAAUCAAAAAUUCAAUUGGAGUGAUGGGAAACUGGGUUGAGAAAUGGGAAGAUUUAAAGAGAAGUAAUCUUAAAACUGAUGAAUUAGAAAAUGAAUCUAAUAAUAAUCAUAAUAAUCUCGAUUUGAUAUCAGCUUUAUAUGAAGUUUCAGUUGGAUCAUUCUUGGAAAUCAUUUCGGAAUGUAAAGAUUCAUUAAAUGAUGUAAUAUUGGAUGACGAUGUUGUUCAAUUAAGUAAAUGGGUCCUUGAGACUUAUUCGUAUAAAGACAACAAAUAUGAUGACUAUCUACAAAAUAAUGACAAUGAGUAUUAUCGUAAAGAUGCUUUUCGACCUGUAGAUGAUAGUUCUGUCCAAUGUUUUAUUGAUGAUGAUGAUGAUUAUGAAGAAGAAUAUCGUAAAUAUUUAAACGAUCCCUAUUAA